AGGUGUCAAUGGAACGCAAUCAUGUCAAUGUCACAUCUUCAAAACAAAAUGUAAAAAGCAAAAUUAACUAGAAUGUGUAAAUGCGAAAAUAAUAAAAUAACAUACUUAUAAAAGACUCUUGCAACUUUUGUUUACCGACCGCAAUACGUGUGUGACUUUUAAAUCCUAAUUGUUAAAUAUAUAACCUAAAAUUUCAAUAUGGUUACGAAUGAAAGAAUGGGAGCUACAGACAAGAAAGUUAAAAAGAUCACAAAGAAACGAAAAAGAAAAAGUAAUGACAAUGUGGUUAGUGCAGAAGAUCUUGUUAAAAAUAUCGAAGGAAACAAAAUAGACAUGGCUCACACAAAGUUGACUACUCUGAAAGAAAUCACGAAAUCUCCUGAUGUCAAGAAAAGCAAGACCACAGAAGAUACGGAACAGUAUCCUAUUCUGAAUGAUACUGUUCUUAUACAAAAACUGCACAGUGUGUCUUUGACAAAUAAUCAAAAAGGAAGACUUCGUCAAAUGAUCAGAGACAGUCUAAAAGGCACUUCAGAAGUUUUAUUACCCGAAGUAAUUCAUAACAGAAUACAAGCCAUACUAAAGAGUUCAGAUGUUUAUACAGAUUCGGAUCUGAGAAAAAUGAGAAUUUUGUACAAUAUGUUGAAGACUGCAAUAAAAACAAAAACAAUGGUUAAGACAAAAACAGAUAAAGUUAAAAAUAAAAAAGGUGAAAUUAAAAAGAAGAAAGAGAAAUUGUCAACUGAUGAAGCACAGAAAAUAGAUUCUCUUCCAACUGAAGGGAUUAAAAACAUUGCGAAGGAAUCUGUGCAGAAAGUCAAGGGACCAAAAAGAUAUGUUGUGUUUGUUGGCAACUUGCCUUUGGAUAUUGAUAAAGAAAAGAUAAUGCAACAUUUUGCUGAAUUCAAUGAUUCUAUAAUAGAUGUCCGUUUGCCAAAGCAAAAAGAAGGAAAGAAGAGUGCAAUAGCUUAUGUAGAACUCAAAAAUGAAGUGGUAUAUGAGUUAGCACUGUCAAAACAUCAUUCUAUGCUCGGCAACAAAAGAAUAAAUGUUCUAUAUACAACUCAGAAGAAUGGAAAGAUUACAAAAGCAGAAGCCAAGAGUAAAUCAGCAAAACUGAUAGCACUGCAAAAGUCUGGUAAACUGGUUGGCAGUGUGCCAAUGAAUAAAAAGCGAAGUCAACGAAGACUGAAGAUGAAACAGGCUCAAGCAAAAUUAGCGGCAGAAACAAUCUAAUUUUUAUAAAACUAUAUACUAUGUUCUGUUCUAAAAUAAAUAUUAUUACAACUGUA